AUGUUUGCAGCUCGGUUUGACCCAACGAAACCUUUGGUGAGAACCGAAGAGAAAAAAGUUAUUUUAGACUCGGUUUUACCUGCCAAGCGAACGAACGAGGUUCUUGAUUCUUCACCUACCGAUGACGAACAAGAUGGGGCAAGCGAGAAGGAAGAAAAUACCGGGGAAGAAACCGAGGGAGAGAGUUCGACAAAUGAAAGCGGUGAGAUACAUUUGGAAAACAUGGGAGAAGAUGAUAUGUCCGGGGAUGACGAUGAAUCCGACAAGCAUGCAUCUGUGUUAAACAGAUUUCACAAUACGCUGAAAAUGCAGGACACACAAUUAAAUGAAGAUUACGAUCAUGAGGAAAGUGAUGGUGAGGAAAACAGCCGUCAUGAUUCAAGUCAUCAUUUAGUUCCAAUACCACAACCCAAAAAGGUCAGAAAUCUUACACUGAACUCCCAGGAAGCGAGAACACAGGAGAUGGCUGUAGCUUGGCACGACUUCGUCAAGGUCGUUUAUGAUCCAUCUAUGGUCAAAGCAUUCAAGUCGUACGGCCACUUUUUGGACUCAGCAAUUUUAGCGAAUUUGGAAGCGCAGUUGCUCCAAAGCACUUUUCCCGUACAGACAGCAAUUCUGGAUGCCCUUCUGCCGUCGCUUUUCUUUCAACAGGCGAAUUCCAAAUCGUGCUUUCCGAAGAAAGUUGGAGAUGUAUUGGUAAAUGCAUCUACAGGUUCAGGAAAAACGCUGGCGUAUUGCCUGCCUGUGGUCCAGAGUUUGUUCAGACGCACCGUGAACCGUUUAAGGUGUCUGAUACUUGUACCGACGAAAAUCUUGAUUAGUCAAGUGUAUCAAACGAUGAUCAAACUUACAAGAGGGACCAGCCUCAUUGUUGCCAUGUCUAAGCUAGAAAACUCUCUCAAAGAAGAACAUAAAAAAUUUGAGUCCCAGGAACCUGAUAUCCUCAUUAUUACUCCAGGACGUCUGGUCGAUCAUCUCGAACUUCGAAGCUUUAAUGUGAAAAACCUGAAGUUUCUUGUUCUAGAUGAGGCGGAUAGGCUCCUGAAUCAAUCAUUUCAAAAUUGGUGUUCCGUUUUGAUAACUCACUUGAAAAGAGAGAAACCAAAUGGCGCGGCGAAAAACGUUGUCAAAAUGGUAUUUAGUGCCACACUGACUUCCAAUACCGAAAAGCUUCACAACCUCAACCUUAACAAACCACGCUUGUUCUUAAUGGACACCGUCAAACUUUAUCAUCUACCGCGGCUACUACAAGAAUACAAUUUUAGUAUUCCGUCUGCUAAAAACUUCGCGAAGCCUUUAUAUGCCCUACGCCUGAUCAUCUCUAUGAGCAAAGAGCCCUUCCGCGUUCUCAUGUUCGUAAGAAGCAAUCAAGCCUCGAUGAGAUUAGCUGCUCUUUUUGAAAUUAUGAUGCAAACGCCUUUGGGAAGUGCGCGUAAGAUCAAGAUUUCGUCUAUCAACUCUAACAAUUCCAAAGGACACAAUAGAAAGCUUAUUCAAGCAUUUGCCUCGGCAAACGCGAACGAGAGCGCUCAAGGUGCACAAGUUAUGAUUUGUACAGAUCUGAUGUCCCGUGGUGUAGACAUAAGCAAGGUCUCCCAUGUUGUCAAUUACGAUUUGCCAAUUUCGUCACAGCAGUAUGUACACCGCUGUGGAAGAACUGCGAGAGCCCACGAAAGCGGCAUUGCCAUAAAUCUACUUGUUGGCAAAGGAGAAAGAAAAUUUUGGGAAGAUCAAAUAAAUGUGGAUUUGAGCAGAGAUGUUGACGGUUGCCAGGUAAGAUCAACCAACGAGAGAGAUAACGAUAAUGAGAUUUUGAGCCUCAGCAAGGAGGAUGAACAAGUUUAUAGAAAUUGUCUCGGAAGCCUGAAAAGUGUAGCAUUCACGUCCGAGCAUAAUUCAGCCAAAACGUAA